GCCAAGGGCAUGCUGUGCCUUCAUGUCCACAACCCACCCAUCCUGCACCGCGACCUGAAGUCUCCCAACCUCCUGGUGGAUGCAGCGUGGCGGGUCAAGGUCUGCGACUUCAACUUGUCCAAGCUGCUGGAAGAAAGCGUGCGGUCCAGCUCCGCAGGCGGCCUGCUCAACCCGCGCUGGCUGGCGCCCGAGGUGCUGAUGGGUCAGAACGCCACCGCCGCCAGCGACGUUUUCUCCUUUGGAACGGUUCUGUGGGAGCUUCUGACCUGGCAGCUGCCGUGGGAGGGUGCCAACUUGUACCAGGUGAGGCAGGCACACCUGACGCACAACGGGAGGCAUCUGCUGCCUGACGAGUUUGGCACGUAUGUGGCGCUCAUCCAGCGCUGCUGGGCACAGGAUCCCUCUGAGCGUCCCAGUUUUGCUGACAUCAUCACAGAGCUUAGG